AUGGACCUCAUGGGAUUUCUCCCGAAGAGUGCCACCGGGUUCCGCUACAUCCUGGUCAUCUUGGACUAUGCCAUCCGGUUCCCGGAAGCUAUUCUGCUGUGGAGCAUCAUGGCUUGGACUAUUGUGGGAGAGCUCCUGAAAUUUCUCACCUGGCUUGCUGCAAUAGUUCUCUUCAAAGUGGAAGCCUGGAUGGUAGCGUAUCCAAUGAACAAAGUCAGCUUCUGUUGUUUGUGGUGUUCUCUCACUCUUCUAAUUGUUCAGUCAUCCACAGGGCAUGACUUCCAAUGUGCCAAUGGAUCCUCUGUUCCACCAAAGGAAGCGUGGAAUUUCACCAACCAGUGCGAAGACAGCAGUGAUGAAAAACAUUGUUCCUCCUAUGAAACAUGUGACUUUGAAACUGACCUUUGCAAUAUGAUGCAUGAUGGGGACUUACAGACUGGAUGGACUAGGAGAAAUGGCCUGAGCAACAUGGGAUCUCCACAUUCUGACCACAAUGGGAAUAAAACUGCCUAUUUCCUCUUAUUGUCCUCUGAAGUGGCCUCAUCUCCUACAACUUUAAGGAGCAGAGUUUUCCUCCCUACUGAUAGCAAACACAUUUGCCAGAUUGCAUUUUACUAUUGGAUUGGUCAAAUGAGGGGAAUAUUGAUGGUGGGACUCCAAACACAUUCUGAUGGUACUUUUAAAAACAUCUGGCAAGAAGCAGGAGGGCUACAAAACCAAUGGAGAACAAAUGUGAUCACAAUCAAUAGCACUGAAAAAUUUGAGGUUGUCAUUCAAGGGACACUUGAGGCCUGGGGACCAGAUGACACCAUUGCUAUUGAUGAUAUUUCUUUCAGUGGAGGAUGUUUUCCAGCAUUCGAGCAGCAUGUUUGCAGUUUCGAGCUUGACAUGUGUCACUGGAAUUCAGAUUCAUCAUUUGAACACGUUUUCUGGGUGCGCACAAAAGCAGGAAAUAAUCUUGCCUCAAAAUCAGCCCCCCUGAAAGAUCAAAGCAACGAUACUGGAGGCCAUUAUGUGUGUAUGAGAGCUAAUGACAACACAUUAUACAAAAGUGCUUAUCUUAACAGCUCCAUGUAUCACUGCUUUGGCAAGAAUUGCCAUUUUCAAUUUUAUUACUCCAUGGCAGAUAGCAGUGUUCUCAAAGUGGUACUGUAUACUAAUAAGGAGGAACAAGUACUGUGGGAAACCAACACAUCAACUAACAAUGAGUGGGUCAGAGCAGAUGUGCAGGUGCCAGCAAAUCUGAAAAAAUUAAAGCUUGUGUUUGAAGGAACUAUUCAGAGCAGGACAGGGUUUAUCUGUCUGGAUAACCUCCAGUUCUCAGACUGGGCAACAGAAUCACCAGAGCUCUGCUCCCCAGAGGAGUUCACCUGUGCCAAUGGCCAGGGUGUUGCCAGUGGAUCAGCCUGUGAUUACCAGCUGGACUGUUCUGAUGGGAGUGAUGAAGAUCCAACAGCUUUUUCAAAUUAUACUACGUGUAACUUUGAGUCUGAUUUUUGUGGCUGGAAGCCAAUAAACACAGAAGAUGCUAAGUGGAAUAUAGUAAAAGGAGAGACUUCCAAUGACACAAAACUUCCUAACCGAGACCAUACAACCAACAGUGAACACGGGGAAGCAAACUUUACAACCACUGAAUCUUCAUCCCUUUAUUGUCCACGGGGUUAUUUACCCUGUGAAGAUGGAGCCUGUAUUUCAUCUGACAAGUUUUGUGAUUUCACACCUGACUGCUCAAAUGGGGAUGAUGAAGCCAAAUGCUCUGCUAAAUGUGACUUUGAAACAGACAGCUGUGGCUGGUUUGAGACUGUUAGUGCAGAUGGAUUUGACUGGGUAAGAAGCUCCAGAAGUGCACUUCCCUCUGCUUUUCAGAAACAAGCCCCACCAGAGGAUCAUACCUAUAACAAAUCCGAAGGUCAUUUUAUGUUUGUUCUGAGAAACAGCAGCAGCAUUUCACAGGUUGCUCAAAUACGAAGCCCCAAGUUCAACCAGGCUGGAUCAGGUUGCACAGUGUCCUUCUGGUAUUACAAUUAUGGACAGUCAGUUGGAGCAGCAGAGAUGCAAUUACAUGUUGAUGGACUGAAAAACGCUACUGUCCUCUGGAGGAUAUACUAUAAUCAAGGAAAGCAGUGGUUAAAGGCUUUCAUUCAGCUCGGCCGCCUCCCAUGGCCUUUCCAAUUAUCACUGUAUAAAGUCAGCCUUGGAUUUUAUGAUGGUGUCUCAGCAAUUGAUGAUAUACAUUUCGAGAACUGUGCUCUUCCACCUCCAGCAGUAAGCUGUGAAGGUCCUGAUCGUUUCUGGUGCCGAGACACAAAGGCUUGCAUCGACAGUUUAUUGGUGUGUGAUCUCGUGGAUAAUUGUGGGGAUGGAUCUGAUGAGGAAAAUUGCAAACCUGAGCUACAGUGUAACUUUGAAAAUGGGCUGUGCAACUGGAACCAAGACAUGGAUGAUGACUUUGACUGGACCAGAAACCAGGGCCCAACUUCCACAUUUAACACAGGACCAAUAAAGGAUCAUACUUUGGGCACAGUCAAGGGGCAUUAUCUCUACAUAGAAUCCUCAGAACCGCAAGUGUUCCAAAAUAGAGCAGUUUUGCUGAGUCCAAUCUUUAAUGGCACUUCCACUCAUGGCAAUAAAAGCUGCAUUUUCCGCUUUCAUUAUCAUAUGUUUGGAAAACACAUUUAUAGGCUGUCCGUCUUCUGGAGAAUUUUGAGCAACUCAAAGGGUCAUCUGCUGUGGCAGAAGUUUGGAAAUCAAGGCAACAGAUGGAUAAGGCAAACACUCAACAUUACAAGUGCUAAGCCUUUUCAGAUCUUGGUGGAAGGUACUGUGGGAGAUGGUUUCUGUGGAGACAUUGGAAUUGAUGACUUGUCCUUUGCAGACUGUACCCUUUACAAUGGAAAUUUGCCAACUAUCUCAUCAACACCCUCAGGAACUUCAGUUCCUGCAACACUCCCUACGAACAAUUGCACAGAGAAGGAAUUUGUCUGUAGAGAAACGGGCCACUGCAUCCAGAUGAUCCAGAGAUGUGAUUUCAGACCUGACUGCUCUGAUAAGUCUGAUGAGUCCUCUUGUGCUGUGGAAGUAUGUGAUUUUGAAGGUGAAAACCUAUGUGAAUGGUAUCAACCAGUAACAGAAGUGGCAGCAGCAACUGUUUCAGUCCAUUCCACUAAUGCAUUCCAGUGGGGCCUUGGAAAUGGAGCAACCAUACAUCCUGGGGAAGAAAACCACAGGCCAUCAACUGAUCACACAAUGGUUACUAAAGAAGGCUGGUAUCUGUAUGCAGACAGUUCAAAUGGAGAAUUUGGUCAUAUUGCUGACAUUGCCACUCCAGUCAUUUCGCUCACUGGACCCAAAUGCAAACUGGUAUUUUGGAACCAUAUGAAUGGUGCAACAGUGGGUUCUCUGCAGGUACUCAGUAAAAUUGGUGAUGUAAUUUCUGUCCUGUGGGUUCAAAGUGGCUCCCAAGGUGCUCAGUGGAACAGAGCAGAAGUGUUCUUAGGAAUUCGCUCUGAUUUUCAGAUUAUUUUCAGGGCAAAACGUGGUGUCAGUUAUGUGGGAGAUGUGGCAGUGGAUGAUAUUUCCUUUGAAGAUUGUUCCCCUUUGCUGAUCCAAGACAGACCCUGCACUUCUGAAGAAUUCACAUGUGCCAAUAAGUAUUGCAUCCCAAAGGAUAAUCUGUGUGAUUUUGUGAAUGACUGUGCUGAUAACUCAGAUGAGAGCCCUAACAUUUGCAGUACAUCCAUGGGGCGCUGUGAUUUUGAAUUUGAUCUUUGUGCCUGGGAGCAGGAUCAGAAUGAUGACUUUGAUUGGAAUCUCAGAACUGGCAGCAUCCUGUAUUCUGGCCCUGGACCAGCUGCUGAUCAUACCUUGCAAGGGCCAUCUGGUCAUUACAUCUUCAUAAAGAGCUCGUUCCCUCAGUUGCCAGAGCAGAAGGCCAGGAUUUUCAGUCCCAGGCUAAGCAGAAGAAGCAAAAACUGCAAGAUAUUAUUUUAUUACCAUAUGUAUGGAGUGAACAUUGGAUCAUUAACCAUCUAUCAGGUGACAGCAUCAAACCAAGAAAAAGUCCUACUCCACCUAACUGGAAACCAGGGAAACUUCUGGCAGAGAAAACUGUUGCUUCUGGAUGCAGAUGAGGACUUUCAGAUCACCUUUGAAGGGCAAGUUGGGAAAGGAUACAGGGGCAACAUAGCACUUGAUGACAUCACGUUCACGAAGGAAUGUUUGCCAUCACCUGACUUAUCAGCAGAACCCACAGCACUACCUUCAACAGGCUCCUGCUCAGAUGGCUAUUGGGAAUGUCAGAACGGCAAGUGUUACAGACCAGAACAAAGCUGCGAUUUUGUAGAUGACUGCGGGGAUAAUACCGAUGAGAAUGAAUGCGGUACUUCCUGCACAUUUGAGAAAGGCAGAUGUGGCUGGCAAAAUUCCCUAGCUGACAACUUUGACUGGGUUCUGGGAGUCGGCUCGCCUCAAAGUCUCAGACCUCCCAGGGACCACACACUUGGAAAUGGAAUUGGAGCAUUCCUAUAUCUUGAAGCUACACCAAUAGGCCUAAGAGGUGAAAAAGCCCAUGUGAAGAGCUCCAGGUGGAAAGAGUCGGGCACAGCUUGUAUGAUGAGUUUUUGGUACUACAAGUCUUCAAAAGCCACAGGACACAUUCAGGUUCUCAUUAAGACUGAUAACGGCCUUUCAAAAGUGUGGAGUGAGUCUGGGAACCCUGGUGAUGAAUGGAGGAAAGCAGAAUUGCACUUGGGGAAGUUGAGGAAUUUUGAAGUCAUAUUUGAAGGCAUUCGUGCCAAAGACCUAGGUGGAGGAGCAGCAAUAGAUGAUAUCGAGUUCAAGAAUUGCACCACAAUUGGAGAGAGUCCUAGGGAAUGCCCAGCAGUCACUGAUUUUAUGUGUUGGAAUAAGAACUGCAUUGAGUCUCACCUUGUUUGCGACUACAAACCAGACUGCAAGGACCUAUCAGAUGAAGCUGAUUGCAGCCAAUAUACCAGUAUCCCUGGAAGCUGUAACUUUGAAACAGGAGACCAAGAUUGGACUAUUGCAUGUGGAUUAAAACAAGAUUCUAUCAAUGAUUUUGAUUGGAGUAUUGGCAACAGGGUUGUCACAGGGCAAAGUGGUCCUGAUGGUGACCACACACCAGGUAAUGGACAACACUUUUUGUAUGUCAACUCAUCUGCCCAGCAGGAAGGAAAUAGAGCAAGGAUAAUUACUACAAAACUCUUCCCAGCAAGCCUCGGAGUGUGUAGAGUCCGGUUCUGGUUCUGGCUGUGUGAUUCCAAGCAAACAGGAACUUUAAAGGUGUACACUGUUGAAGAACAUGGAAUGCAUAUUCUGAUGUGGUCUUCAAGUGGAAAUAAAGGAAGCAUGUGGACUUAUGCAAAUGUGGUUCUCUCUAGCAACAGUCCUUUCAGAGUCACAUUUGAAGCUGAAGUGGGAGGGAAUGAGCUCACAGAAGUUGCUCUUGAUGAUAUUUCUUUCACCCUGGAAUGUAUGGAUGCAGGAACAGCCAAACCACAACCUCCAACGUGCAGCGCUGACCAGUUCACUUGUGUGUAUGUACAGCAGUGUCUACCUCUUGCUGUAAAAUGUAAUGGGGUAGAGGAUUGUAUGGAUGGAACUGAUGAAAUUAAUUGUCCUACUGAGAUUCCUACCACUGCUUCUCCAUGGCUUUGCAAGGAAACAGAGUUCCUGUGUGCUAAUAAAGGUUGUAUCCCAUCACUCUUGAGAUGUGACGGUGUGCCUGACUGCCAGUUUAAUGAAGAUGAAACUGACUGUCCCACAAAGGACUGCUUCAAUGGUUCUGUGUUGUGUGCAUCAACUAAUACAUGUAUUCCAGUCUCCAAGCGCUGUGAUGGUAUUGCUGACUGCUUUGAUUUCAGUCUUGAUGAAUCCAGCUGUUCAGGUUGUCCAGAAGGAUAUUGCAAAAAUGGAGGAACUUGUAUCAUCAAAGACGCUGUUCCUUUAUGCCAAUGUGGAAAAGAAUGGCAAGGAAAUCGUUGCCACAUCAAGGUUAAUCCUCCCCCAACUUCAGUUUCCCUUCUCCUUCGAAACGAUAUUUGGACUGGCUUGGGUGUUGCAUUAGCUUUCCUACUGAUCAAAAUCACAGUCGCUGUGUUGUAUUUCCUUUGGAAGAAGAAAGUGCCAAGAACGAACCUGGAGGAAAUCCAUAAUACUGCAUUCGCUAACCCAUUGUACGAGGAUCAUAGCUCACCUGGAGAAGUAAAGCCUCCUGAGUGUAUUGCCUCACCCGUUGUUCAAAUUAGUGUUUCCCCAUGUCAAACACAGCAGGAGGGUUUUCUCUCUAAAAGGACUAAGACAUCUACUCAAUUUGAAACAUUUCAUUAUACCAAAUACAGUAAAUGCAAACAGACUGCUCUUCUGGGUGUACUGUGUUCAGCUCAUAAUUAA